UAACUUCAUACACACCCUUCAGUUUUCCUUCCCCUUUUCCUUUCCUUUCCCUUCUCUUUGCUUUCCUUUUCUUGCCCAAACAAAAUAUUUCUCCUUCCUCAUUUAUUCCUGCAAUUCUUGCAUUCAAAGGUCACCGCACAUUUCAUUCCCCCUUUCUUCUUCGCCUUUUACUAGACCUUCUGUUCUGUCUUUAUAUAUGCAUUAAGAAUAUCAUAAUUCUUUCACAGUUUAAGCUCAUUCUUGAAAGAAAUCACCUUUUUUUAGUUGAAUUUCAUCUGGGUUUUCUUUCCUGAUGGAUAGAGUGAUUUCUGAAAACUGGAAUUCGCCACCGCAGUUUGAAACCACUUGGAAUGGAAUGAAUUGCAAUGCAGAAGAAUCUUUUCUUGACCCCAAUUGGGACAAGACUUGUACAGAUCAAUUUACUCAUUUUGAGCCAGUUUUAAGCUCAAAUUCAAGCUUUUCAAAUGAUUUUCCCCUCCGGGAGUUGAUUGGAAAAUUGGGUAUUGGAAACUCCAGCGGGUUUCCGCCUACUGUAACAACCGCCGCCCCCUCCAUGGCGGCGGCUACUAAUGAUAAUAAUACCAACAAUUCUUGCUUCAGUACGCCCUCAAACUCUCCCCCUAAGCUGCAUUUUCCAAUCCCUGAUCAAAUUAACACGCGUCAUAUGGGGAAUUCACUGCCUCCGACCCCUCCUCUGCCUUCACUUCCUGGUGAUCCAGGUUUCGCGGAGAGGGCGGCCAAGUUUUCGUGCUAUGGCAGCCAGAGUUUCAAUGGACGGACAAGUCCAUUUGAAUCAAACAAUGCUAUGGGGAGUGGGAAUUUAACCCGGGUUUUGAGCACUCCCUCUCUUAAGCAAGUUGGAUCUCCAGUGGGAAACAAGAACUUGAAUCAUUCACAGAUGGAAAUUAGGUCUUUCGACGGGAUGGUUGAUAAGAAAUGGAGAAAAUUAUCUGGGGCAGGUGCCAAUUCCAAUGAGGAAUCCUCUGUUUCUGAGCAAAUCCCUAGUGGAGAAAUUGGUUUAAAACCUCCAAAUGAACUCAAUUCCAGGAAAAGGAAAGCUGUUUCUAAAGGAAAGCCCAAGGAGGAUUCAUCAACUUCAGCUAAGGGAUUUGAAGAUGACAACUAUGCAAAAACCAAGAGAUCAAAGCCUCAAGCAAUUAGCAAAAAUGAAAAUGAUGAUGUUAAAACAGAGGAGGAAGCUAAGGGGAAUUCUAAUGGUUCCGAGGAUGAAAAUGAGAAACAAAAGGCUAAUCCAAAGUCCCCAGAGCCACCGAAGGAUUACAUUCAUGUUAGAGCAAGAAGGGGUCAAGCGACUGACAGCCAUAGUUUAGCAGAACGAGUUAGACGAGAAAAAAUCAGCGAAAGAAUGAAGCUUCUUCAGGAUCUCGUACCAGGCUGCAAUAAGGUGACUGGAAAGGCUCUAAUGCUUGAUGAAAUCAUUAACUAUGUUCAAUCAUUGCAACGCCAAGUUGAGUUCCUGUCUAUGAAAUUAGCCUCAGUAAAUCCAAGACUGGAUUUUGAAAUGGAAAAUCUUCUCUCCAAGGAUAUGUUUCAAGAAAAUGGAAACCUGUCCCAACCUCUGUACCCUUUGGAUUCCUCAGCACCAGCAUUCUACCAUCAUCAACCCAAGCAGAAUGUACAACUACAUGAUGCCAAUUUUUCCAGGGGACCAUUGAAUCAAUGUUCAAUGGACCCUUUAGAUGCCCACAACGUAGGCAUUCAAUUGUCUUCAGUUGAUGGAUUUGGCGAACGUCUUUCUCAGUUCCCAGCAUUCGAUGGCCAUGAUUUGCAAAGCAUUGUUCAGAUGGGUUUUGGCCAGGAUCCUGUCAAAGAGAAUGCAUUUCAUUCAGGUAACUUUCAAGUUACAAAUCAAACAUCCCAAACGAAAGUUGAGCUGUGAUCACCACUCGUUUAUGCUCUACUGGUGCCCGAAAGGAGAAACAGGCUGCUGUAAAUACAAAAAGAACUUAGUACAAGAUGUUCAAUGAAAUGCUAAUUCGAGAAAAUUAUUUUUUCCGUCUUAGUUUCAUCCUUUGCAUUUUAUUUCGAUAUUGUAGUGAUGAAUUCAUGUUUCCAAUUUUUUAUGGUGUGCUUUUACAAUUAGCCACUGUAUAAUCCUAGAAGGAUAGGCCUAUUUCUGGUGCAAAGUCUUAACAGCGCCAUAUAUGUACUGAUCUUAUGUAAUGUAAGUUAUUCUUAGUGGAAAUGAGAACUGAUCUUUCCAUGGUCGUUCUUUGUUUA